AUGUUGAGCCUGCAUGGAUUCCAGCCUUCCCUCAGCUCAUUCAUGGGAAUGGACUGGCCAGUGCGCAGCCUCUGGCCGGAGAUCACAUCUCUUUACAGACACGGAGAGGAACUGCAGGAGCUGAAGAGCAGCCUGGAGCAGCUGGAGAAACUUCAGCACCAGAUCUUUGAGGAGAUCCAGCAGAUGCCUCCCUCGCAGGAGAUCUACCCAAUCGCCUGCACAAUGGAGAAAGAGGGAAGCGGCUUUGCUUUGACGCUGGACACUAAAGACUUUUCCCCAGAAGAACUGUCAGUCAGACAGGUGCGCAGGAAG